AUGGAUCCAGCUUCUCCUGUUGUCGCCCGCGCCGUGAUGGAAGGCCUCACCACCGGCCGUGAUGGUGACAGCUUCAAGGCUCGGUACCGACCCGCUGAUCCGAUCCGCCUGGACGUUGCGACUGUCUACCUUGACGACAAUCGAUUCUGGGAUACAGAGCCCCAGCGGCUGAUCAUGCCUAUUCCGGAGGGCCCCCUCACACGAGCUUGGGAAGAAGAUGGAAAUGCCAACGGCCUACUCAAGACCAUCCCUGAGGCCCUGGAUGCUUGUGGCGUCAAGUUCACUCUGGUCACUUUUGUGGCCGCUGCCGAGCUCAGAGCCCGUGUCACUACCGGCUCACCGGCUCCUCAGCGCGGUUCUCAUUAUCAACUCUUCGUCCCCCCCACCGUCAUAGUUGCCCUACUACCGGGCACGAGCACCGAGUUCGCGGUCAAGCAGUCCUUGUUGGCCAUCGGCGGUGAGCUUGCCAACAUUGGCAGCCCCUCCAAUACGGGCACGCUCACCGGUUAUGUCAAGAUGCGCAAGGGCGACGAAGCCUGCCUCGUCGCGCUCACUUGCCACCAUAUCGCUGUGCCAGACACCGGAGAGCCCGUGCUGCCCAGUGAUUCCCCUCAGAUCGCCAUUGAGUGCCCCUCGCCUGAAGACUACACCAACGUGGUUCGGUCCCUCCUGAUCAAGGCCACCAGCACCCACACGUCCAUGGCCGCAGCGCUGAGACCCGCCAUACCCAUCCCCGCUCCAUACAUGCGCGGCUUCCAGGUCAACACCGUUGCCGACAUGCUCGCCUGCUGCCACGCCGCGCCGCGCCACUUCGGCACAGUCAUCGCCUCUUCCGGCUUGUCGGCGAAGUCACCCCACGGCGCCCGCCUCGACUUGUUUCUGGCUUUCUCUGACGACGAGGAAGAGUCGAGUGACGAUGACAAUACGAGGAUGGGGAGAAGGACAUCACCCCAGCCAGUCAAGAAGAAGGCUGCUCCCGUCAGCACUGUCACCCCGCGGAAGGACAACAAGCUUAUCCUCAAGCUGACGCCCAAGCAGGGUCAGAUGUCCCCUAGUAAGGGCACUGCCACCCCGCUGGCAGGACUCAGCUCUCUCAGCUUGGCUACCCCAAAGGGAAGUGCCGCCCGUGGCAAGUGGCCCACCCCAACCUCAAGCGCAAAGAAGCGAUACGCUUCUCGAGAGGAGUCAACUCCAUCCAAGCGCCGGAAGGAGGAGGGAGUCAUUCUUUCUUACCUGGAAAUACAUAAAGGGUUUCUAUCUUAUAUGUUGCUGCUAUUACUGACUUGGGCCGCCGUGAAGGUCGACGAGUCUCGUAUCGGUGCUACUGAUGGCGCCAUCAACAACGUCUUUCCAGCCCUCUCCGCGGCCAUCAUCUACUCCUCCUCAGCCUGCAAGUUCGGCCGCACCACGGGCGCCACGGCCGGCGUCCAGGCCGGCGUCCGUUCCAUCAUCCGCCGCUACCUCCCCGGCGGCCCCCACAUCGAGAGCAUCGAGCAGGCUGUCAUGGACGACCCCGGCUGCGCCACCGCCCCGUUUGCCCGCGCCGGCGACUCGGGCGCGAUGGUCUGUGACCCCGAGCGGUGCUGCUUCCUCGGCCCGCUGUGGGGUGGACUGGAGGACGGCAAGGGCAAUAUGCUCCAGCUCGUGUACUUCUACACGCCUCUGAACGACGUCAUGGAGGAUUUGCGUAGAGUCUUCGCGGCCUCUGGUGUGGAGGUGGAGUGGGCCUAG